AUGUCUGAUAUAUUACCAAUUUCCUGCGUUUCUUGCAGGAGGAGGAAGAUCAAGUGUAACAAAAAGAAACCAUGUGAUCAAUGUAUAAAGAGAAGUGUUGAAUGUGAGUUCCCAGGGACAUUUAGAAACAUCAAGUUAUCGGAAGAUGGAACAAAAGAAGGUAGAGUUACCGAUAACAUUAAGUCGAAGGAAGAGCCACAGCCCGUGGAGGAGUUGCAACAAGACAAGAAUAUUGAACUACUACAGCAACAACAUGCUCAACUUCAACUAAACCAAGAGCAAAUCAAUCUUCAACAGCAACAAUUACACAAUCAGCAACUUCAACAAACAAUAAUGGAGCAACAAUCUCAACAACAACAACAACGUCAGGAAAUACGACCUACUCGUAUACCACUUCAAACUUUGAAUGAAACAGGGAGUGUCAAGAGUAGCACUGGCGCAAGUUCAAACUCAUUGCUUACCUCCACAUCAGCUCAGAGCUCACUAGCUACUGACCCACCAUCUGUCAGUGAUUCUACAGGAGCGGAAAGUUCUGCAAAGUUUAUUUCACGCGACGUAAAGUUGAAUAACAACAUUUCUGGGCAAUCUGGAGAAUCUGGAUCAGAAUACUCAGGAGAGCUGGCAAGAAUGCACGCUUAUCCAAGACAAAUCGGUUCAAGUGAUGUCGAUGACAUGUCCAUAAUGAGGGAAAAUUUCAAUAUGAUGAGAGCGGCCAAUCAACAAUUGUUGGAUGAGAAUCGAAAUUUGACUCAGAGGUUGGAGGAAAUUUUACUGAAGAUUUCUGUUUCAGAUACUACCCCAGGAUCCACAUCUUCAUCUUCCUCGUCAGCAGCUCCAACAAACGCUCCCACAGAUACGCCAGGAGUUUCUCAAGUUAAAAAGACGCCAUCUUCCAGUACCGCUACGUCAAACUCUAGUACCAAACGAGAUAGAACAGCUGACUCAUCGUCAGAAGAUCUUCCAAAUAAAAAGGAGAAAGUUGGUUUCUUUGGCCAUUCCAAGGCUAGUUUUCCUAAUGACUCAGCAAGCGCAAACCAAGGAAUGUACUCGACAAAUGUACCAUUUGCAGGAACUGUACCACCAAAGGAAUCAUCAUCAUCCGGCGGAAGUAGUGGUGAUGAAGUUGGCCAGCGAGCUGACUCAACAGAUAUGCAAUCAGCAUCAAGGGAUGUUAAAGCUACGCCACCUACAAGGAAAGUGCACAAGUUGAAACGUAAUAAAUCCGGUGGAAGUGAUGGGUCAAACAAUUGGGAGGUAGAUAUUGAUGCUUAUCAAGCGCAUGAAUCUGUCAAAUCUAAUCGGAUGGUGGAGAGAAGUGGUAAAAAAAAGAAACUUCCGAUCUUACCAUCAUACUUGUUGAAAUAUGAGGAUCCGGAUAUCAGUACUGAUUCAGAUACUAAUCGUGAUGUUUUUCGAUUAAACUUUGAAGUGAUUAUGAAUUUGGUGUACAAGUUUUUUGAAAGAAGUCCGUACUAUAGAACAUUCAUCUCGGCAUCUCAUGUGUUUGGAUUUUUGAACAAUUACGAAAAUAUUAACGAUAGAGAUUGGAAUAAUGAUGACGAUAUGAUGUUGAUCUAUAUGAUUUUGAGUUUAUCUGUUCAAAGACUCAGCUCAAAGGAUUUUGUUGAUUUGAAUUUGUUACCAGCUGGAUCUGUCAACACUUGCACAAAGUACAGAAAGUAUUUGACCAGAAACGUUUUGCACAGAGGUUUUGAAAGAUUGAGACACAACUUGGUAAAAGAGUCUUUGUUGUCGAUUCAAUCAUACAUUUUGUGCACCGAGUGGUACUUUUUGGAACAAAAGUAUGAAGAGUGCUGGACAAUGAUGUUUCAUGCUUGCUCAAUUUCUUAUUCUAUCGGUUUACACAUUAUGGGCAACUACAAUUUACAAGAAGUCAAACCUGGCAAACAGUUUAAGAACUUGAUCAGUGCCACCGCUGAAGAUUCAGAUGUGAGUGACAAAAAGGAGUCUUCAGGAUCAGAAGAAGACGACAAGGGUCAAGAUGAAGGAUUGGAUGUCACACGUUACAGAUUAUGGUUUGCAUUGAAAUAUUAUGUGUCGCUGAUUUGUUCGAUUUUUGGAAGACCAAACCCAAUUUCAGUUCAAGUCGGUAUGAAUGGGUCUAAUAGUGGAUUAGGUUCAGAUAUCCCUAAUGAAAGAGCUCAUAUUUUGUUCAAAGUAGGUGUUUGCGAAUCGUUGAGGUUAUCAAAUUUGAUGUUGAUUGAAAAUUUCAUGAUUGACUUUACGUUGCCAGAUUUACUUGAUUUAUCACACAAAUUUGAUCGCGAAAUUGAAAUAUUGAAUCGUGCUUAUGCAUCACUGAUAAAUGAGAGUAUCACAGCUGAAGCAAUGUUGGGACCUACCAACGUGAUUGAACACUUGAUGAUUGAUGACUUUACCGGACGCCCAUUGCAUUUUACAAGUUUGGAAUUAUUGGCCGACCUCAUCAUCUUGCACAUCAACAAUGCCAAAUUGUAUGAACCUUUUAUUUGCAAGUUUGAGAAUUUGAAGGGCUAUGAUCAAAUUGUGACACACCAAACUGAAUCAGUGGCCAAGUUUUUGGUAUUGUUAAACACAUUCAUUGAAGGGUUUUUGAAACAUUGUGUUGAUGAAAAUUUCCAAGAAGGGGGAUUUGCCGGAGGAGUCGACUCUAAUGAUGAAUCGAUGUUUAAUGGUCCUGUCAAAUUUGGUAAGCUUUUCAAGUCAUAUUUCCCAUUUUUGAACUCGUUUAUAUGUCAGGGAGUUAUUGUUGUUUUCACCUUGUUGCACUACAAGUCCAAAGAUUUUGUUGCCAAUGAUAAUGAUUCGGUAUUGAACAAUGACUUUCUUGGUUUGGUUGAAAGUAAUUUGAAUUCGUUGAUACAUUUUGAGCAAAGGAUGUCUACAAAGUAUAUUACAACUUCAAGAAUGUGGUCAUCCAACAUGGUUUACUUGAUAAACCGAGUGUUGAAUUUGAUCAAGUUGCUUUAUGAGAAGCAAGAGGAUAGCACUGUUGCUGAAGAAGUUAGGAGACAAAAGCAGUUGGUUGGAACAUACUCAUCAUCGCCAGAGAACAACAACAAUAGUAACAACAUCAGUAAUUCCAAUUUACCAAUCACCACUGCUAGAGGUAAUUUGUCAUACUUGCUCAAUACCAAUCCAUUUGGUGACCCAUCGCAAUUUGAAUACUUGAAUGGAUUUCAUUUGAAUGAUCCAUUUUGGUUAACUGAAUCUGAUGGCGCGAUGCAGUAUUAUGUUGACGACGAAACCAGACAGAAUAAGACCCUUGCUGGAUUUAAACAAUAUGCACCUUUGAAUGACAACCAGGAUACUGGAAUUGGCAAUGACGAUAAAAGAAACUCAAACACUUCCAUUACAACUGGUGGCGAUUCAAAUGAUAUUACUCCAUCCAACCAGGCGCCUUUAUUUGGAGCUAGUAGUACUAGACCAUUCAUGUCUCGACCACCAUCGGAUUUAUUUGGGUUUAGUUCAAAUUUCGGCAAUUGGAAUGAUGUUGGCAAUAUGCAAGGUAUGAGACAAACGCCAAAUAGUGGUGCCAAUUCUGCAGCAGGUACACCAAAUAUUGGAGCCGGAUUGAAUUUUGGUGGUCGUAGACCAAUGUCAUCGAGUUUGCCUCCACCUAUUCCAACACCUACAUUACAACAACAACAACAGCAACAGCAGCAGCAGCAGCAAUUGCCUCCACUUUCACAGAUGCAACAACAACAACAACAACAACAACAACAACAACAACAACAACAACAACAACAACAACAACAACAACAACAACAACAACAACAACAACAACAACAACAACAACAACAUCUAAUUCCCACAUCACAACCACAACCACAACACCCCACGCCAAAUUUUAUGGGUGGUGGAUACAUGUUCCCACAACCAUUAGGAUUCAACCAACAACAAUUCCCUAGCGAUCAAGUUCGUUUCAGUCAAGGAGACAAGCAGCCACCAACCCAGGAUAAGAAUUAA